GAUCCCACCCUUCUCCACAGAACGUACACACCCCGCACAUGGGGAGGGGGCGUGGCGGCAAACUUCGCACCACGUGACGGCAGCUGGCUGCAGAGAAGAGAGUAGCAGUAGAGUGGAGAUCCUAAGGAGUCUGGACGGGCUGGGAGAGAGAGAGACCGGCUGUACGUAAAAAGUUGGUGUUGGUGCUGCGGUUGAAUGCUCGUACCCUUCUCUGGUGUCACUUCAAAGGACAGCCUCCCUGCAACUUCUGGAUCUCUGCUUCUUCAAUCAAACUGUGAAAAGCCGAGCCAACAUCUUUAAGACGUCCCUUGUGUUGGAGUUUAUAUUAAGAAUCAUUAUUUCACUGUAUUACAAUAUACUACUAAGCUCAACUGAUUUCUAAAUAACUUUCCUCAUAAGCCAUGUUACUGCUUAAAAGAGACUUUUGUUUUUUUUAUUUGGACACCUGAGUGGAUCUGCAAGAUGAAAGGAGUUGUACCAAAAAUGCUGGAGACAAGAGGCAAUUAUAAGUAAUAAUCAUGUCGUCUUUGAGUAGGAAGCAACUUAAAAAAUGGCUCUUCCACAAAGCUUAUUUUUUGCUCUAAUUUUUCAGUAUGCAUGUGUUUUCUUUCUGCCUGAAUGAGCUUCUUCUACUCACUUUGGAUUGGACAAAAUAUCUGUCAGUGGUUUACUUCUGAUUCAGCAGUGAGAAGGAUUGAAGAAACCUGCUCUUGGUUGUUCAUGACAGUUUUCAUUCAUCCAGGUUACAAUAUACAGAAUCCAGUAGUGAUAAGGCUAAAGCAACUGAACUUGCUGGUUAAUCUUGAAAACAUUUCACCCUUCAGCUAAUAAGCAUCUCUGGUUCCCACCUGGACUACAAUAGAAUAAAUCCUGGCAAAAUAUAUAUAUAUAUUUUGCACACAGCAUUUAAACUGUUGGUUAAGUGCUCACCUUUAAGACUGUCUCCUUUAUUUUAAUUAAUUUAUUUAUUUAAUUGGCCCGAUGGCUGCACCUUACAAGGUGAUUGUAAGUAAAGUAACCUGUUACAAUAGUGUUGUAUUGGACAAGAGGCUUGAGAAUGUAAUUCACUAUUGCCAUGGAAAUUGUCAAGUUCAUCGACUUGGAGUUCAGUGCAAGGUUGCACACCACAGUGUAUGCUCAGAGCUUGUUAAAGCUCACGGGGGUUUCCCUAGCAAUGCUAGAGAUCUUACUCAUAGAAUAAUAGGCGGAGAGGGGGUGGUUGGUGGUGAGGAGUGUUCUCAUCUCAACUCUAGAAACAAAAAAGCCUCUGCCAUCCAAAGUACUGGCAGUCUGAAGGACAUUACUGGUGAAGCCAUAAAUUUAGCAAGUGGAAAAGCAAAAGAGUUUUCUUUCGAGAAAUUAAGGAAUGCCUCAAAUCAGCAUGUUAAUCUCAGGAAAGGCCGAAAAGUCCGUCCUGACUCUUUUAACAGGAAAUCAACUGACUACGACUUUAUCUAUGGUCAAUUUAGUAACAAUGAAAAUUGUCCUCCAAAUGAUUUAUCUCAAGGUCAAGGGGUGGAGGAGAAAGCAGUGGUCUCCAGCAAUGCAUCAUUGGAACAGAACCUUAAUAACAUGGCCGCUUUGUAUCUGCAAGGCCUCGCAGAUGAAAACCUUAUUAACCAAAUUCUGAAAAAACACAACCUUGAUGGUGCUGGGUCUGGAGAAGACAUAAAAAUGUGCUUGGAUAUUCUCUUGAAAUGUUCUGAGGACUUGAAAAAGUGCACAAACAUAAUUAAGCAGUGUAUUAGGAAUAGGUCUAUUGGAAGCAACAGCACUAGUGAGGGGAAAGGGGAGGAUCAUUUUCCAAACCCAGAGAUUAUUUACAUGAAUGUUAUGGCUAGACUCUCCUCUUACUUAAAGAAACUUCCGUUUGAGCUGGAACAUGGUACACAUGGACGUGGUGAGCCUAGUGAUCUAGCUGAACUUGUAAGUAGUAUCCGCAGUUUACAGCAGCAACCUUUCUCUCCGAUUUAUGGACAUGAACAGCCCCCAAAGUAUGAAGAUGUGGUUCAAAUGCCACCUUCAGAGAAGUCAAUUUCUUCUAAUACCACAGAAUAUAAUAGAGCAAUUACUCCACAAACUCCCAUUAUCAAUGAUGCCACUAUUGUGAAAAGUGUCUCACCAGUUGCUCCACCAUUACCUGCUAAGACCUGGCAAAGAGGCACGAAUCAGAAUAAAAGUAGCAGUAUGAAAAGCAACUCUGUUUCAUCUCAUGCAGCAAAUCAGGUAUUCUCCAAUACUGGUGAGAGGCUGCCAAGGAAUUCAGUGGAAAAACUUUACAUUGAAGAGGAUUCAGACUUGGAAAGACCUAUGAACCCCCAAAAAUGUCCAUCGGGUUUAUCUGUUUCCGAAUCUGUUGACCAAAAACCCAGUCGCAAGUCAGUUCAAUCUCACAGACCCGUAGACCCUUCUAUGAUAUUAAGUAACAACACAUCUUUCAGCAGUAAUGGGACCUACAAUACUGGGUCCCAUUCUUACAACAGGCAUGAAAGUAAUGUAGGCAAAAGUACUGACCAUGAAGAAAUCGACAAAUUGCUGUUGGAUUUGGAGAGGUUUUCUAAAAAAAUUGAAAGCACAUUAAAUAACCCUCCCAACACAACCCCUUCUAAAGUACAAUCUAGCUUUCCUGUUUUCCAUAAGGAGCACAAUUCACAGUUGCCUUCAACAUCAUGUACAAAAUCUAGUGAACAUAAAUCAGAAGAUGAUGAGGGGAAUCUUCUAUUGCGUAUCUUGGGAAGCAUUGAAGACUUUGCUCAGGAACUUGUUGAUUGGAGAUCAGGUAAAGGAACUCUGUCUAAACAAAAAGAAGUCAUGAAAAUCCUUCAGGAGACCAUGGUUACUUCACCUUCCUCUCCUAGCAGUCCGCUCCAGAACCAAAGCUACAAUCUUGCCCCAACAUUAUCACUUCAACAGACUCCAGAGAUCAUUAAGAUUCAAAGCAAGCAAGAGAAGAAGCCAAGCACCCCUCCUCCCGCACCCCUUACUCCAACUGUCAGUCCACGACCAGCCACCCCUCCAUUACCGAGCAACAAAGUCACGGCUCCUGUGUCCAUAAACAUUCCACGUUUCUACUUUCCCAAAGGGCUGCCCAACCCAGGUUCUGACUAUGAAGAUUCCAUCAAGAAGACUGAGGCAGCAUUCUCCAGCAUGGCUGAAGAAAAGGCAGAUAUUUACCAGAUGGGGAAGAUCGCCAAGGUCUGUGGCUGCCCCUUGUACUGGAAGGCAGCUCUGUUCAAUGCUGCAGGCGGGGAGAGGACAGGAUUUGUCUCUGUGCACUCGUUCAUAGCAAUGUGGAGAAAGUUAAUCCAGAAUUGCCACGACGAUGCCUCUAAAUUUGUCAGCCUCUUGGCAAAACCAGGCUGUGACUACUUAGAGCAAGAGGAUUUCAUCCCACUUCUUCAGGACAUUGUGGACACACACCCAGGACUGACGUUCCUCAAGGAGGCUCCCGAAUUCCACUCCCGAUAUAUCACCACUGUUAUUCAGAGAAUAUUUUAUACAGUGAACAGGUCGUGGUCAGGCAGAAUCACCUUGAUUGAGAUGAAGAGGAGUAACUUCCUACAGACCCUUGCACUGUUGGAAGAAGAGGACGAUAUUAACCAAGUUACUGAUUACUUCUCCUAUGAACAUUUCUAUGUCAUCUACUGCAAGUUCUGGGAACUGGACACUGAUCACGACCUCUACAUUGACCACAAGGAUCUGGCCAGAUAUAAUGACCAUGCGUCCUCAAAGAGAAUCAUUGAGAGGAUAUUUUCCGGAGCAGUGACUCGGGGGAACGCAGUGCAAAGAGAAGGGAGGAUGAGCUAUGCCGAAUUUGUCUGGUUUUUAAUAUCGGAGGAAGACAAGAAAAAUCCAACCAGCAUGGAGUACUGGUUCCGCUGUAUGGACUUGGAUGGAGACGGGGUGCUCUCCAUGUAUGAACUUGAGUUCUUCUAUGAGGAACAAUGUGAGAAGAUGGAAGCCAUGGGCAUUGAGCCGUUACCGUUCCAGGAUCUGCUGUGCCAACUGCUUGACUUGGUAAAGCCUGAAGCAGAAGGCCAAAUAACACUACGGGAUCUGAAGAGGUGCAAAAUGGCUCAUAUAUUUUAUGAUACCUGCUUUAACUUAGAGAAGUACCUGGACCAUGAGCAAAGGGAUCCAUUUGCAGUGCAAAAGGAUAUUGAGAGUGAAAACCCAGAGCCAUCAGAUUGGGACAGAUACGCAGCUGAGGAAUAUGAGAUCUUGGUUGCUGAGGAAUCGGCAACGGAACAGUUACAGGAAGGGUCGUUUGAUGAUGACUACGAGGGGGAGGAAGUCCUCAGUCCCCCUGAGAUCAGCAAUGAGGUGGACAAACUGGUGAUCUCGGACCUAACGGCAUGAGCCAGACGGGCCCCGACCACUGGACAAUCACUGACCAGUCACUGCCUAUUGAUGGACUAAUCCCCACCCACAAGGAAUUGUUCAGGGGAAAUAAUAUAUAAAUAGUUUUUGUAUUA